UCUUCUCUCCGCUCCACCAUUUGGAAGGUCACUGAGAAAAGCUGGCAUAAGUCUCCUGCCAAAAAGCAAUGUUACAUUUACAAGGGAAAGAGGAAAUCUGGCGCUUCUCCUUGAAUUUGCUGACAGUCGAGGGUUUUGUGGAGUCGUUUGGGCAUCUUGGGCCAUUUUUCAUGAAAAGGUGAGAAGGCGUGUGAAGUCCAGCUCGCCAAGCACCCUCCGGCCGGGGAACCGGGCCCUUCUGUGCAGACGAUUUUUGUGGGCUUCAAGUUUUGGGGGGAAAACAAACACAAACGCUCCUCCCCGCGAGGGGCGGGGCGAGGCCUAGGCGACGCACCAAUCAGAGCACGCCCUGCCCUAUAUAAGGCGUGAGGGCCCCCCCGGCCGGCGCUUAACCCUCCUCCCUGGCUCUCCUCCGUGGACCCUCCGCCCUGUGAUGUCCGAGACGGCCCCUGUGGACCCGGCUGAGCCUGGCCCGGCUUUCAUGGCGAAGCCGAACAUCAAGAAGCGAGGGAAGAAGCAGGUGGGCCUGGCGGGUGUGAGUCGCAAGACGCCAAGCCCGUCGGUGUCCAAGGUGAUCACGGAGGCCUUGUCGCUGUCGCAGGAGCGGGCGGGCAUGUCGCUGGCCGCGCUCAAGAAGGCGCUGGCGGCCGCGGGCUACGACGUGGACAAGAACAACAGCCGCAUCAAGCUGGUGCUCAAGAGCCUGGUGAGCAAGGGCACCCUGGUGCAGACCAAGGGCACCGGCGCCUCGGGCUCCUUCCGGCUCAGCAAGAAGGCGGCUCCCGAGCUGGUCAAGGUCAAGAAGGCCGCGUCCGCCAAGGGCAAGAAGCUGGUCUUGUCCCGGGAGUCCAAGUCCCCCAAGAGCUCCAGCGCCAGCAAGAGAGCUCAGAAGCCGCGGGCAUCGGCAUCGCCGAAGGCCGCCCGAGGCGUCAGGAAGGCGGCGGGGCCCAAGGGCAGGCCCCCGCGGAAGAGCCCGGCCAAGGCCAAGGCCGACAAGCCCACGGCCGGGAGGCCCAAGGCGACCCAGCAGAAGACCAAGCCCAGGAAGGGAGCCUCUAAGAAGUAAAAGGCCAAUCUUCAAAAAAAAGGAAAACGACACAAAAUAAACCCAAAGGCUCUUUUAAGAGCCACCCAAGUCGCAGUAAAAUGGCAUAGCACUGGGGCUGCUGGAAGUUCACGACCGCCAGGUCAACCUCCUUGCAAGCGUGCGAUGAGAUGGAAUGUUUGGUUAGACGCGGACAGGUCUAUUAGGACCGACCUGUGUGCAGAUCUGCCUGAAAGUCCCCCAGCGAUGCCCGGCUCGACGCCGGUUGUACACUCCGCUAGAAUACCUCAUGCCUUGUGUCAACUUAGGCUUUACUGGAGGUGCCAGUGUUACGUAAAGAGAAAGGGUGGAGAGCUGCUCACAGCCCCAACAUACCUUAAUUUUUCUUUAACAAGUGCCACAUUUAUGUGGUGUCAUCCUAAUGAGGUUUUUUAUUGAUUGCAGAGAGGGAGAGAGGAGCAUCAAUGAGAAUCGGCUGCCUCCUGCACUGGGCCCCACUCUGGGGAUGGAGCCCACACCCAGGCUUGUGCCCUGACCUCCUGGUUCUUAGGUUGAUGCUCAACCUCUGAGCCAUGCCAGCCGCGCAAAAGGUUUCUUAAGUCUGGUGUCCACGGGCAUUGUAGGGGUCAUGCACAGACAUCAAACUGUCAGAAUUUGGAUUAUAAAGAAUAUCUUUAACAUCUUUAACGUUAAACUGGUUUUGUUUACAUUAUGAGUGUGAUUAAUCAGUAAAAGUCACAAAUAUUUACAGUUGUCACAAGAGUAUUGAAAUGCUACUUAUCCUUAUUUCCAUAGUAUAUAGUUACUAUGCUAUGGUCACAUUUUUUAAAAGUUGGUUUGAUAAUAUGAUUGCUCUGUUUAAUACGAUUGUGAUUCCAUGU